GCCAGGGUCUAGGUCGAUUCUCAGGGAACCUGUAGAACUGAGUGCCCCUCAUGUGGCCGCAUUCAUCUGGGGCCAGGCCUUGGGCCAGCGCUUUGAUAGGGAAGGACCCAGGGGUCAUGGCUUGGUGGUGUCUGGAUGGGUUACCGCAGGGUCUUGCUGAACCGUGGAGAGAACUCUGGAGAUUGGGAUCGCAGCCCCUGCACUGCACACCUGCUUUCUUACCUCCAACCCAGAAUCGCAGAGACUGUAAAACUUUAAAGAAGAGGGUAAAGGCGAAGUCCAGAAUUCUACAAGAGAACAUAGACGACUGGAAACAGAAUCUAGAGAUUUCCAAUAAUGUGGAGAUGUUUCGACCUUCAGAUACAACGAGGCUGAUUCCUCCAUCCCACUUUCAAGCUCCGCCUAGAAAGACUUCCACCUGGGUUUCAAACAAUCCCUUGGUUCCAUCCCCUGUCCAUCAAGAUGUCUUGGACAGAAGAUCAGACAACCAGAGACCCUCAGGGAUAUGGGAGCAGGAUGUUUCUGGCGAUGGGCAAGAACCACAGCGGAGAAGCAGGACCAUGGAUCUGCAGGGGUCUCAUGCCCUGAGCCAGCAGGCCGAGCUGAUCUCUAGGCAGUUGCAAGAGCUGCGACGACUGGAGGAUGAAGUUCGGGUCCUUCAAGAAUCCUCAUUGCAGCAGAAAUUGAGGCUGGAGGCCCAGUCCUUGGAGCUGGAGGCUCUGGCGCGGGCAGAGAAGGCUGGCCGGGUGGAAGCUGAAGGCUUGAGGGCUGCGUUAGCUGGGGCUGAGGUUGUCCGGAAGAAUCUGGAAGAGGGAAGUCAGCGGGAGCUGGAGGAGGUGCAGAGGCUGCACCGAGAGCAGCUCUCCUCCCUGACGCAAGCUCACCAGGAGGCGCUUUCCUGUUUGAACAACAAAGCUGAAAGCCUGGAGAAGUCUCUGAACAGUCUGGAAGCCAGGAGGGCUGCAGAAGCCAGUGAGCUGUCCGCUGCCCAGAAAGAGGCCGAGCUGCUGAGGAAGCAGCUGAGCAAGACUCAAGAAGAUUUGGAGGCUCAGGUGACCUUGGUUGAGAAACUAAGGAGAUACGUCGGGGAUCAUGUCCCUCCCGAGGUCCAAAGCCAGUCGUGGGAAUCGGAACGCCAGGAGCUUCUGGAAACUAUGCAGCACUUGCAGGAGGACCGGGACGGCCUGCGCACCACUGCCGAGCUGCUGCAGGUACGCGUGGAGAGUCUCCUGCACAUCCUCUCCAUACAGGAGGAGGAGCUGGCCCGGAAGGUUCAGCCUUCUGAUACCCUGGAGCCCGACUUCACCAGGAAGUGCCAGUCUCUGCUGAAGAACUGGCGGGAGAAGGUGUUUGCCCUCAUGGUGCAGCUGAAGGCCCAGGAGCUGGAGCACAGGGCCCACGUGCAGCAGCUGAAGGCGCAGGUGGCAGAGCUCCAGGAGAGAACUGCCUCCCAGAGCCAGGAGCAGGCCAUCCUGCAGCACUCCCUGAAGGACAGAGCCACCGAGGCCGAAGUGGAGCGGCUGGGCGCCAAGACCCUGCAGGUGGAGCUGACUCGGGCCCAGGAGGCUGGACGCCGGCACAAGCAGCAGACGGCAGAGACCGAGGAGCAGCUGAAGCUUGUGGCCAACACUGUGGUCAGCUUCCAGACCUGGCUGCAGAGCACCGUGGCCGAGGUGGAUCUGGCCCUCGCGCGACUGCCCAGCCUCAGCAACCGAAUCAGCUUCGCUGUUCGCAAGGUCCACACCAUCCAGGGGCUGAUGGCUCGAAAACUGGCCCUUGUUCAGCUGCGCCAGGAGAGGGAGAGUGAGGAGAGCUGCCCCCCACCCCCACCAGACGCAGCCAUGAGCCAGGAGUUGGAGCAGCUGCGGGAAGAACGGAACCGGCUGGAUGCUGAGCUGCAGCUGAGUGCCCACAUCAUCCAGCAGGAAGUGGGCCGGGCGCGGCAGCAAGGGGAGGCUGAGCGGAUGCAGCUAAGCGAGGUGGCCCAGCAGCUGGAGCAGGAGCUGCAGCGCACGCAGGAGUCCCUGGUGAACGUGGGGCUGCAGCUGGAAGCUGCGCGCCAGGGCCAGCAGGAGAGCACGGAGGAGGCUGCCAGUCUGCGGCGGGAGCUGACGCAGCAGCAGGAGAUCUACGGACAAGCGCUGCAGGAGAAGGUGGCGGAGGUGGAGACGCGGCUGCGCGAGCAGCUGUUGGAAACGGAGAGAAGACUGAAUGAGGCCCGGCGGGAACACGCCAAGGCGGUGGUCACCUUGCGCCAGAUGCAGCGCAAAGCCGCGCGGGAAAAGGAGCGGAAUCAGGAGCUCCGGCGCCUGCACGACGAGGCCCAGAAGGAGGAGGGGCUGCGACUGACCCAGCGUGUGCAGGAGCUGGAGAAGGACAAGAACAUCAUGCUGGCCACCUUGCAGCAGGAGGGUCUCCUCUCCCAUUACAAGCAGCAGCGACUGUUGGCGGUUCUUCCAUCCCUCCUGGACAAGGGGCCGCCCCCGGAGCCCAGCCCCGCGCCCCUGCGGCCUUCAGCGUCUGUUCCUUCAGCUGCAACACUCUACACCAGAGAGUCCAUAAGAGGAUCCCUGUCCGUCCUGCUCGAUGACCUGCAGGGCCUGAGUGAGGCCAUUUCCAAGGAGGAAGCCAUUUCUCAGGGAGACAACCAGAACUCCUCUGCUCCGCCGUGCCACUGACAGCUAGACUUCAAGGGCAGCCGGAGGACCACAGAGAAGUGGGUGGGGGUUUCCGGGGGCCAGACGCCCUGCUUCCCUCUCAGGCCCAGCAAUCACCAA